CUCCCUCUGGGGCAGUUUCCAGGUCCCCCGCAGCCCACGCAGUCCACGCCCGCCUCCCAGCCAUGCGCUCCAUCCAGCUCCUCAGCGCCUUCUGCCUCCUGGCGGUGGCCCUGGCGGCCGAGGUGAAGAAGCCCGCGGCGGCGGCAGCACCCGGCACCGCGGAGAAGCUGAGCCCCAAGGCGACCACGCUGGCCGAGCGCAGCGCCAACCUGGCCUUCAGCCUGUACCAGGCCAUGGCCAAGGACCAGGCGGUGGAGAACAUCCUGCUGUCGCCCGUGGUGGUGGCCUCCUCUCUGGGGCUCGUAUAGCAGGGCGGCAAGGCGGCCACGGCGUCGCAGGCCAAGGCGGUGCUGAGCGCCGAGCAGCUGCGCGAUGAGGAGGUGCACGCGGGCCUGGGCGAGCUGCUGCGCUCCCUGAGCAACUCCACGGCGCGCAACGUGACCUGGAAGCUGGGCAGCCGCCUGUACGGGCCCAGCUCGGUGAGCUUCGCCGACGACUUCGUGCGCAGCAGCAAGCAGCACUACAACUGCGAGCACUCCAAGAUCAACUUCCGCGACAAGCGCAGCGCCCUGCAGUCCAUCAACGAGUGGGCGGCGCAGACCACCGACGGCAAGCUGCCCGAGGUCACCAAGGACGUGGAGCGCACGGACGGCGCGCUGCUCGUCAACGCCAUGUUCUUCAAGCCACACUGGGAUGAGAAGUUCCACCACAAGAUGGUGGACAACCGCGGCUUCAUGGUGACCCGUUCCUACACCGUGGGUGUCACGAUGAUGCACCGGACAGGCCUCUACAACUACUACGACGACGAGAAGGAGAAGCUGCAGAUGGUGGAGAUGCCCUUGGCCCACAAGCUGUCCAGCCUCAUCAUCAUCAUGCCCCACCACGUGGAGCCGCUCGAGCGCCUGGAGAAGCUGCUGACCAAAGAGCAGCUGAAGACCUGGAUGGGGAAGAUGCAGAAGAAGGCAGUGGCCAUCUCCCUGCCCAAGGGCGUGGUGGAGGUGACCCAUGACCUGCAGAAACACCUGGCCGGGCUAGGCCUGACCGAGGCCAUGGACAAGAACAAGGCGGACCUGUCGCGCAUGUCGGGCAAGAAGGACCUGUACCUGGCCAGCGUGUUCCACGCCACCGCCUUCGAGUGGGACACGGACGGCAACCCCUUCGACCAGGACAUCUACGGGCGCGAGGAGCUGCGCAGCCCCAAGCUCUUCUACGCCGACCACCCCUUCAUCUUCCUGGUGCGCGACGCCCAGAGCGGCUCCCUGCUCUUCAUCGGGCGCCUGGUCCGGCCCAAGGGCGACAAGAUGCGGGACGAGUUGUAGGGCCCCCGGGUGGGCACGGGGUGGCAGGAGACGGCCACAGGCUCCUGAGACACAUGGGUGCUACUGGGGGGGUGGGCAGGGAGGGCCCAGCCUUGGGUGGUCCACGGGGUGGGGGUGGGAAGACAGAGACCCAGUUCCCUGCUGGAAUUCCCUACGCUUGGCCACGGCCCCCAGAUGCCACGGUGAGAGCCCUCCCGCCCUGCCCCCUGAGUCGUGGCUAAACCUGCCUCCAUCAGUGUUCAUAUUUAUGGCCAUGAACCGCCUCACCUGUGAGGGCACACGGAGCCACGGUCCAGCCGGGCCCCUGCCCCUGCCCCACCACCCCUCCCCGGCUCCCCCCACCUCUCCCGCUGUCCUCAACUCAACAGUAGGUGCUGCAGCUGCCAGCAGUGGCCCUGGCCCCAGGGAGGGGAUGGGGACACAGCCCAUAGGAGGGGCCCUGGGCAGGCUCUGGCUUCAUGGGGAACGAACUUUUGGGGUCAUUUUGUGUGGGUUUUUUUUUUUUUUUUUUAGUGUUUCAAAGAGGGGGAGGGAAGGGGGGACACAAGCCUUUCUUGCUGUCAGACCAAGAACUUAUUUGUACAAGUGUUUUUCAAUAAAACUUUUCCAAGGAGA